AUGGUUAUAGAUGAUAUAUGGAAGAAUAUAGUAACACAAAAUCUGGAUUUAGGCAUCGUGAUAACUGUCACAGUUAUCGUUGCAGCAGGAAUUGCAGCUUAUGAGAGUCCCGAGAUCCAAAGAUGGCUUGACACCUCUCGACGAAAGAUAGCCCUCGCUUUACAUAGCCUUGGAGACGGCAUUAGUCCAGAUAAACAGCGUACAGCUAACAAAGAUGACAUAUCCAUGGUGGAGGCUACUGGAACAGAAGCAGAAGCAAGAAGACAGAAGGCAAGGGAAGACAUUAUGAGACGUCAUGCUCUACUAACAGCAAAAAGACGCACCGCUUCAGAGGGUAGCAUGAACAGUUUUGAUAAGCUUGUGGAUAGCGAAGGGCGGCUAAAGGACACUACAGUCUUUGAUAAAGAGCCCGAGAACACAGUCUCCAAGUCUUCAGGCAUCGAACUGCCUGAUUUGUCCCGGGUGGUGCCUGUGAACGUACAACAAGGAGAUACAAACGCUACUUCUCAUUCGGUGUCCAUGGUUAUCCCAGACAUUGAUCCAGACCAACGCCGUGCUCUUAUUGAGAAAUUGCAGUUGAAUACAUCUUUUGCGUCCACGCUGGACUCGGAAACAUCCUCCCACCAUCCAUCCGAGUCUCUAGUGAAUUUAACCCCAACUUCCGAAUUCCCUGAUGCGGAUUUCCAGGCUUCUAUUCACAUAAGCGAACCAGGUAUACCCGCUCAGGGAGGCUCUCCUUCAGCAUCACAUACGGAAGACGGAGAGCCGGAUUUCUACUAUGCUCACCCUGAUCAUCAUAACCAAGCGAUUUCCCAGGCUGGCGGAGUAAUUUUUGAUGCUGACGGCAGUCAUACCCCAGUCACUCAGCCAUCACCUGCACCUUCGAUUGCUUCUAGCCUCAGCCACAUCAACAACGACCCCUUUGAAUCUGUCUCGGACGACUCGAUUAGUGAUAUUGUUCGAUCGCGAGAUGGAGUUUACACACCUGUCAGCUGGUCUGAAGUUGGGAGUGUUACUAGUAGCAAUGAUGGAGGUCAUGCAUGA